UUGGUCAUCGGUCCCCUCCCUGCUGCUUUGAGUCUCUCUCUCUCUCUGUCCCACCAGUACAGCCUGGGACAUCGUAGGAGGACUUGGUUGAGGCAGAUCAACCGGCUGAAGUGGGGACACUUUCUCCAGUGUCAACCCAGCCCUUUCCCCACGUUUUCUAGGCUCCGUGGACCAAGACGCGUUCAAAAAUUUGCCAAGGUUUGUGCUCUGCACCAGGUUUUAUCAUCUGUGGAGGAAGAUUCUAAGAAUGGAUUACUCUACUGUGGGGAGUGAGGACCCUGCCCCCCAGUAUUUUGAACAUCCCCAUUUGCAAGCAAAUGAUGACGCAGACCUAUUCUUCCCUGCUUCAGAGGGUGUUGAUGCUGGGGCCAUGCCCACCUACUUCUCUCGUAUGUCUGAAUCCUACAGACACUCUCCAGUGCGGCAGCUGUAUCCCAUCCUCAAUGGUUUGCAGUGGGUGGAUGGGCACCCUUACAGCACAGCAGCUUGGGUCUCCAGUUCUUCUGGAAAGCCCCAUGCUGGACUCCCAAUCUACACCUCUGCCACGUCCUCAUAUCAGACCCUCCAAGCGCCUCCCUCGCCCAAGGACCUCAGCCCCGAUGACAAGGGGAGCCCCAGAUACCUGGAGAUGUUGAAGACGGAACGGAUGAGCCCCACCCAUGCCGAACUGCUGCCUUUGGGAACCGCAACCGGAGCAGCCCACGCCGCUUACGCAAUGGGGCAGGACUUUGGAUACUUCCAGCCGUCUGGGAGUCCCCUGGCAGCUGGGUACUCCCCUAAACUGCGGGGGGCAACACAGCUCUCUCCUACCGAGGCGCGAGAGUGCGUGAACUGUGGAGCCACAGCCACGCCACUGUGGCGAAGGGACGGCACUGGUCACUACCUCUGCAAUGCCUGUGGGCUCUACCACAAGAUGAAUGGGCAGAACAGGCCUCUCAUCCGGCCAAAGAAACGCCUGAUUGUCAGCAAGCGAGCCGGCACCCAGUGCAGUAACUGCCAAACGACAACCACCACCCUCUGGCGCCGAAACGUGAACGGAGAACCUGUAUGCAACGCCUGCGGUCUCUAUUUCAAGCUGCACAAUGUGAAUCGUCCCUUGGCAAUGCGCAAGGAUGGGAUCCAGACCCGGAACCGCAAGGUCUCUUCAGCCAAGUCCAAAAAGCGCAAGGGGAAUUCUGCGGAAGCUGCCAUGUCCACCCCAACCCCCUUGGAGAUGAUGCCACCGCCUCUGAUGGGGGAAGAAGCAGCUGCCCUCUAUACUCUCAGCCCCAUGAUGUUGCCAGGACAUUUGCUCCCUUUUGGACCCAAUCCACACCUUCUAGGCUCUCCACCAGGCUUUCCUCCGCAGGCUUCUCCUGCCCCACAUGGCUCUCCUGGGGUUGUUUCUGCACUGGGGUAAAGAGCCCGACAACCACACAACAACCCACGGCAUUCAUGUACAGUGACUCUGGGACCAAUAAGCAAGGAGGGCCAGUGUGGUGUAGUGGUUAAGAGUGGUAGAUUCGUAAUCU